GGUCCUUACCAGAGAGUGAAAUAGAAGAGGGAGAGAAAAGAGGUUACAGGAUAGAAAGACAAGACAGUCCCUGCUGCAUUUUAUCUCUGCUGCACCGUUUAGCAUCAGUUUUUACAGAUAAGACAUUGCAAGGAUGGCUGGUCAAAAGCGAACCUGUGGGCAGAUAAUGGGGGAGUUUGGUGAAUUCAUGUGGAACUCAAGAACACGAGAAUUUAUGGGCAGAACCGGCAGCAGUUGGGCACUUAUCCUGCUCUUCUACCUGGUGUUUUAUGCCUUCCUCACUGCACUUUUCUCACUCACCAUGUGGGUGAUGUUGCAGACUAUUGAUGAAUAUAACCCAAAAUACUCAGAUCGCUUGGCUAAUCCAGGGCUAAUGAUUCGACCAAAGCUGGAUGCCCUCGAGAUUGUCUAUAAUUUAAGUAAAAAGGGAGACAAUUAUGAAUGGACAAAAUAUGUCAAUAACCUGAAUACUGUACUAAACGACUAUAACACUUCAGUGCAGGAGCAGCGCGGCUCAGUGUGUGUCAGCGGGGUGUUCAACAGACAGGAUGAUACAGGGGAUGUGAGGAAUUACCCUAAGAAAGCUUGCCAGUUUUUAAGGAGCACACUGCAAGAUUGUUCUGGGGAAAAUGAUACUACUUAUGGAUACCAAAGUGGGCAACCUUGUAUACUAAUCAAGAUGAACAGGGUUAUACAUUUUUUCCCAGAGAUUGUAAAGGAUCUGUCUAAUACUUCCAUCACAAUUAACUGUACAGGGAAGAAUGAAGAACAGGAUAGACUUUUGGGAGACCGGAUCUAUUUCCCCUCUAAUAAUGGAUCAUCUUUGGGAACCAUUGACCUGAUGUAUUACCCAUAUUACGGAAAUAAAGCACAGAAGAAUUACACCCAACCCUUAGUGGCUGUGAAGUUCCUGAAUUUAACACGUAAGAUGGAUCAUAAUGUUGAGUGUCGUGUCAAUGCAGUCAACAUCAACAACAAAGAUGAGAGGGACAAAUUUGCUGGGCGUGUCAUGUUCAGAUUACGCGUUGACAACUGAAAGUUUUGGACACUGGGACAUACAAAUAUAUCUUGUCAUACAAAGAGAGACAUUUAUACCAGGAGGUAUAGAGAGAUGCCAACACGGUGAUGAACAACAAACCAUGGCAGCCAUGUUCAGACUAUUGUAGCCUUUCCCUAUGCUGACACACAAAGACUUCUCCCAAACACCAUUACACAUACAUUGUUGUAUAAAUCAUAUUACACACGAAAAGAGUCAAUUUGAUGAACAAACACAAUAAUGAUUGCACUAUUGAUCAAGGAGAAAGCAACGUGUUUGCAAUUGGUGAUAUGUUUAGCCUUCAAAACAACAGUUCUGUAAAACUAUAGUGUAGAAAGAAUGUUUAAACUCUAUUUUGUGGCAUCUAACUUUGGGGGACUAUAAAUCAGAAACAAAGCUAUACUUGGCAGUGGGUAGAUUUAGUGGAAUAUAAGAAAACUAGUAUAUGUUGCUCUUGAACAAAUAUACAACAAUCAGUAUUAAAGUUAGGAAAAGAUUUAUAGCAAUAAGCAAAAACAAGAAUAACAUUGAAGGGGAAUUUGAGAUUGCGAUAUUGUGGUUUAAGUACAUUAUACUGAUAUGAAUGAUAAGCAUGGAAGAGAUUAACGGUAUUAGCUAUAAAUAUGUGCGUAAAUAACCUAUUGGCUAAAUAGGGCAAUGAUUUCAGUAUUAUAGUUACUUUUAAAAAUGUUAAAUACUCGGAUAUAAUACUCAAAAAAUAGAAGAAAUUGAUGCCAUGAAUCUGAAAUUAACAACUGAAUUCUACAAACAAAGCAAAAGAUUCUAUUUGUAGAUUAAUUCUAUAAUAUGAUUAUACACUGGAAUAUAAUGUACCCCAUUGUUCUCAAUUAGUGUACUUAAUUUAUUGUUUGGUAAUCUAUAAAGCCAUGAAGCUAAAUUCACACCUCAGCAUCAGUGUUGUCACAAAUAUACAGUUCAGAGAGCAUAUACGAUACAACACUAACAAAAUAGUGUCUAAAAAUAAGUAUAUAGUCCCACAUACAUGAAGUCCAAAGCACGUGAAUUUUUCUAACAUUUUGUCUAUCCACUAAACUCACCAUUGCAAACUGUAAUCAUUUUUCAUGCAGCGCCCAUGGCUACACACGCAAAAAAAAAAAAAAAAAGGCCAGCAUCACAGACAUUUCUCCUUUUCCUGUGACUCAGAGUUUGUGCACUUGUUAAUUGCUUUUUCUUUCCCUUAUUGACUGGGCAAAAUAUUAUUGCCCAAAAACUGCCAUGUUUAUCUGAGGACAGCCAUAAACCAAUCUCUUGCUGCUGCAAAAUAACUGGACAAAGCACAGAAAUGAGACACCGGAUUAUACCGUUUAUGUUUUCAUCCCCCUAAAAGCCUUGUACAUUGUUAUAUACAUCCUCUGCUCUUACGUUCCUGCAGACCAUUCUAAAACACAUCCAUUCCUGUUGAACCCUCAAAAAUGGAGCUGUACAUAAACCAUUAGAGCAUCCUUAAUAUAUAGGAUUUGUAUUUGUAUAUAUAGACAGUAAUUCUUAUUUCUGAAAAUCAUUCCAUCUCUGAAUGUAUUCACUUUGAAACUUGAUUUGUAAAAAAACAAUAUAAAAAUAUAAAAAACAUUAAAACAUACAUUAAAAUAUGUCAAUGUGAA